AGUUUGAUUCUGCGAUCAUGCUAUUCUGUAUGAAGAUACCAUCGGCCAUUAUGUUAUGGAUAGUACCGUUGCUGUUGAUCCCUUUGUGUUCGGCUGCGAGUAGUAAAAACAACGGCAGCAAGGUGAGUUUGAUUUGUUAAAUUUCAGAUGAUCCGGACUUUAUUUGAUAUCAGUGAUUAAUCGAGAAAGUUAACGGUCGUUAAAAGUAUUCAAUUGCUAGAAAAAAAUGGAGUAAAAUGGAAAGGACUCAAUGAAAGUAUGUGUCAGAAUGAUUGUCCUAACAUCCGACGACGUUUUCAACUUUUUUUUGUAUAUCUAGACAUGUUUUAUGCUUCACUUUUAAUUAUACAUAUUAAUGGUAGAAUUUAUAAUCGAACUGGACAGUCCCCUAGUCAAAUGAAUGUAAAUGAAAAGGAAAUGAAUAAUUGAGCAAUAAUAAAAUCAGCAUUAGUAGUUGAAUUGUUGCUUAACUGAAUGAACGAAUGAUGGACUUGACAAAUAAGUGAAUUUAGCAGUGAUAGUCAUGUAGUGCCAGUGGCCAAAAGCAGACUCCUUCUCGCGUCUUGUUUUACUGUUCUUAGCUGUCAUUUAUUAUUAUUAAUUAAUAUUUAUCGUCAAUUAUUUAGUUACUUGUUUUUCAAGGGCUAUUCAAGGAACAAACAUACCAAGUGCAUUAACUCCAAAUCAAAGAGAAUAAAUAAUGCAUUGAUCUUUUUCAUUGAUUUCUGCCCUUAAUUUCCUCAACAGAAUUCACAAGAUGGCUCCUGUGGUUACUCUCCGUGUUUCUGCGCACCGGGGAUACCGGGCAUCCCAGGAUACCCAGGACCGGCGGGACCAGCUGGUACAACGGGAUCACCCGGGAAUAACGGACCCGAAGGACCUAUGGGUCCACGAGGAGUCAAAGGCGAUGAAGGACCCCGUGGAAAACAGGGACUUCGAGGCCCCAAGGGAGGAACAGGUUCAACUGGUCCAGCAGGCCCACUCGGAAGCAAGGGUGAUGCAGGUCCCCCUGGCCCCAAGGGACCACAAGGCCCCUCGGGUCAAGCUGGAAAGAAGGGUGAUACAGGUCCUCUUGGAAGUCAAGGUCCCUCAGGUCCUAAGGGGGCUUCAGGGUCUUUUGCACGUAAUUGGAAACAGUGCGUUUUUAAGGGUCUGAGCGAUGGCAGAGACUCUGGAUUGGUCAAGGUAAAAGCUAAGUUGGCCUCAGAAUGA